AUGAUUAUUAAAGUAAGAUACACCAAUCUUCGUGAAGUAUUCUCUCGUAAUAUUGUUAUCAAUAAAAACAUUAAAUUGAAAGAAUUGGAAGCCAAGAUACGUGAACGUUUCGAUGUGGGUUACGAUGAAAACGUCGAAAUUUAUUACAUUGACGAUGAUAAAGAUCGGAUUGCUAUUUCCUUUGAAGAGGAAUUAGCUUUAGCCAUGGAGAACGGGAAAAUACAAACACUUGAAAUUGUCACCAAACCAAAGACCGUUGACGACAUUUGCGUUUACCCCGAUGUGCCAAAUGGAAAAGAAGGAGAAUGUUUAGAAGUUUUGAUUGAAUCAGAAUAUCUCACAAUUGCCAACGCAACGAAUAGCGAUACCAAAGCUUGGGGAACAUACAUUUACACUAACGAUUCAGAUGUUGUUAAAACUCUCGUUCAUUCGGAAAAGAUUAAAUUACCCGCAACUGCACCCCCUUACAAUGUAAUUGCAACCUUACGUUUCUUACCGGGAUGUAUUAAAUACAUAGGAAGCGCUUCUCAAGGGGAUCGUACCUAG